AUGGACAGCGCGACGAAGAGACAGAGCCUCGUGGACUUUGACGGGCUGAGGAAGGCUCACAAACAGGAUGCUGCCCUCAAAGCACGCAUCCGCCGCCUGCGUGUCGUCUCCCGCGUCCUCGCCUUCCUCAUCUCCAUCGCAGUCUUCGUCCCCAUCUCCCUCACCCUCCACAAAUUCCUCACCACCCAGAACGUCUACCGCGACGUCACCAAGGACGGCAUCACCACGCACCGCACCGCCUGGGCAAAAGACUCCAAAGUCUGGCCUACGUGGAUGUACUUCCUCAUCGCUGGAAUCUCAGUUCUGCUCAACUUCGCCAUCAUCUUUGCGUACAAGUUCGGCGUUGAGAAGGCGAAUAAAGUGGCCACGGUGGCGACGGCGUUCACAUGGGUGGUUAUGCUGGGGAAUUUGGUGGUGUGGUGUGUAGCUGCGAGUUUGUACCGAACAGAGAAAGACAAGAAUGGGAAGAGCAACGAUUUGUGGGGCUGGACGUGUAGUCCGGCUGCACGAGCGAUACAGAAGGAAUUUGCGCAUGAGGUAGACUUCGACAAGUUUUGCACUGUUCAGAGCAUCUCGUGGUACAUUGGACUUGUGCAGGUUGGAACCGCGGCGUUGACUGUGGUGACUUACGUAUUUGUAUUUGUGAGAAGGAGCGGGAAGAAGGAUUUGAAGAAGAGGCACUCGCAGAUGGCCGGGCAGUAUCCGACGAACUACUAG